CCUCCCACUCUCUAUCCAACUGAAAACUCGACAAUAUAAGUCAUGUGAUGAUUUAUAUAUGUCAACAAAGAAAACCCCUUUCUCUAUUUUUUUUAGAUAAUUACCAUAAAUCAAUCAUCCAUUAUUAGUUGUAAUAGGUGGAAUUACAUGAAAAGGAGUUAUUUUGUUUUCGUAUUCGUAAGAGCCUGUAUCCUCUGACCAUUAUUAUUGUUAGCCGUGUUAUUACAAGCUCUGAGAUCAAGCUUAAAUUAUUACAUUUGUGAUCCACGUAACAAAGAGCAUGGAAAUGGAGCCCAAUGUAUGCUACAUUUGCCAUGAUAAACGUCGAAUUGCAGACACGGAUACAUCAAAAAUAAGGAUUGGCAACACCCCUGAUGCAGAGACACUUAAAGAAACAUUGAUCAGGGCUCUAUCACUAGGAUAUGUGGAAGACAACCCAAAUGAACCUGAACAAACUAAAUUUAGCAGUGGAGUGUGUAUAGUUUCUUUAAAUUCUCGAUGCGAUGGAGGUCUUGAAGCUGUAGGUGAGAAGGUAGUGAGUGAUCAUGUUGUUAUAUGUAGGAGAUGUGAAUCACUCUUGAGAGAUUUUGAAUUUCAUGAAAGGACCUCUGCAAAAAUUGCUUCAGAAAUUAGACGAUUUUUGACAAGACAAGAAAUCAAUGAAAAAGAUUACACUGACAGAAAUACUGCAGCUGGGCAUAAACCACAAACUGCCGUUAGAACGUCUCUUACCAGAAAUAUUGAUGAAAGAAAGGGCAUAAUGGCAGCUCUGAGAGCAUUAAGAAAAUCAGGUGUUAGUGGAGCAAAGAAAAGAGGAAGAAAGGCGAAAAAAGACAUUAACUCAUCCAUAGAAACAAUUGAAACUGGAGAUGAUGAUAUUGCUCAUGAUGCAGGUAGAGUUUUGGAGGGGGAAAUAUCAGGGGAUGAACAGAGACAGCAAGCUUUAGUACCAGCUAGGUCAAGUAAAAGGAUUAAGCGGAGACAAGAAGAUGGUUUAGUUAUUAGAUGGGGAGAUGCUAUGUAUGAAGCAGAACAUAACUCGUUAGAACCUGAAACUGAAGCUGACGACUUUUAUGAAGAUGAUGAAAUGUGGUCAAAACGAGAAUAUUACCCAAGGAAGAGAAGAGGAAGAAAACCCGGUCAACAUCAACUGAUACGGCUUGUCAAGCCUCUUGAUGAUAAAUUAGAUUGUCCAACGCUGGAUCAUUCUGUGUCCAGAUAUCAGUGCCCAUUUUGUCAACGAUAUUAUAUUCCUUCAAACUCUCGUAUCCACAAUUGUACAUCCUACAAAAAUCAGUUGAGGUGUCAACUUUGUAAAAUAUUUUUUACUUCAUAUAUAAGACUUGAAAAGCAUUUAGAAGUAUUACACUUGAAAAAGAAACAGUUACGGUGCCAAAAAGAAAAUUGCCACUUUACCUGUGUUUCAGAGCCUGCCUUUGUGUUACACAAGCAUUUUCAUUUUCUCACAGAGCAAGAAAGUGAUAGAAAUGAAGAUGACACAUAUCUCUCAGAAAACGUUACUGAAUCAGACACAGAGAGCCACACGAUAACACAUGCUAUGGAUCCUGGAGCUGGGGAAGUUACAAUAAUGGAUGAUAUCCAGGGUAUUGUCACAUCUCCUGAUAUUGCUGAUCAAGUGUCAUUUUUGCUUGACGAAAAGAGUUUUCUUUCUGACGGUCAGCCCAUAAACAUAACCACUGAUAAUAAAGGUACAAAGAACAUGAAAGAUCAGAGGAGAACAUUGAGCGUGCAAGGCGUCGUGGGAGAGGAGCAUAAAGAAGCCGGAAGAAAAAUAAAAAAGAAUUAUCAAGAGGAUAAAACAACCCACAACAAAUCAGAGUCAAUUAAUGAGUCUGUAAAGGAAGUACAAGUAUUUCAGUGUCCUUUCUGUGAUAUAAGGUUUAAUGCACAAAAGAUAUUUCAGGACCAUAUAAAGGAAAUCCAUAGAUUAAUGAUGAAGUCAGGGAGUGAGGUUGAUGCUCCACCGGUAAAUUCUAAGUCGGAUGGUAGAGGUAGAAGAGAAAAUGUCAGAGACUCAGUAAUUGGUAAAGAUAUAAUCGGUAAUUUUGGUAUAAAAAAAAACUUCAAUAUAACACCAGAGGACCUGACAUACACAGUAGAAAGACUGAAAGGAAAAAUAAGCAAGUCUUAGAAUUGUAUAAUUUAUUGGAGUUGUCGGAUGAAUUUCAACUUAAAGACAAGAAUACUUCCCGGUGUUUGUGGGAAAUUUUAUCUUUUGAACAUGAGGACGCUGAUGAUGAGAGUAAUGAGGAUGGAAAGAAAGAUGACUUAAAUAAGAAAUGGAAUAAACUGAAUACAAAAAGAUCACAUAAAUGUAUGAAAUGCUCAAAGAUAUUUCCUUCCAAAGCUCAUCUAAAGGAACAUGAAGUCAGCCAUUCUGAUGAGCAGCCAUACAGGUGCCAUGUUUGUGAUAAAGGUUUCAAGCGAAAGAAUGCUUUAAGCAAACACAUGCGAAUCUUUCAUGCAGAUGCACCAAAUAAUGUAUAUUGUUCCUGUGGCAAAGUAUAUGCUUCUCGGGAAUUGAUGGAAAAGCAUAGAGAAUGUAGUGGGAGUCAUAGAUUGCUAGUGUGUUCAGAAUGUGGGGCAUUGUACAAAACAGAAUCAAGUCUGAAAAGUCAUAUGAUGCUUCAUAAAGAAAGUAAAGGUAAUGACACCAAUACUUCAUGGCCGUUUACAUGCCAAAUUUGCUGUGAAAAAUUAAGUAGCCAAGCAUCUUUGAAUAACCACAUUGUUAAUUCUCAUAGCACCAAUGCUUUUCAGUGCCAUCUAUGUGAUAAGAUAUGUAAAACCAAACAGCUACUGUCACAGCAUUCUUUGAGAAAACACAAGAUUGGCAACAGAGAGUUUCCUUGCCCAGUUUGUGACAAAGUGUUCCACAUAUCAAAAGAUCUUCGUCGUCACAUGCAUUCUCAUAAUCCAGAAGGAUCACAAGAGUGUUGUGUUUGCCACACAAAAUUUAAAACCUAUGCUACAUUACAGUCACACAUGAAGAUACACUCAAAGGGUAAACCUUAUGAUUGUAUAAUAUGUCUUUUUCCAUGUGCUACAAUUGACAACUUAAGAAGCCAUUUAUGUUCAUGUCAUAAUAUUGAAGUAGUUGGGAAUGAUUUUGU